UUGAGUGGAAUGGGGUUCUCUCCGGUCUCCAGGCUCCAGCGGUUGAGUGAACAGCGAACAGCCAAAAAGGGUUCUCUCUCCGGCGAUUGAUUUUCUCUCUCACUCUCUCCAGCGACAGGCCAUGCCAUUCUUUCACUCAGAUAUCCUUCUUUGUUUUCGAUUUCUUUGAUUCUCUUUGGUUUCAAUAAUAUCCUUAUCAUUCUUGAGAGUGAUAUCUAGAAAGCAAUGAGCAAACUUGGUCUAAACCUUUCAUACAGUGCAGUCAGAGGAAUGGAGGAAGAAAACACAGCAUUAUUAGAACUGAACAGUAAGGCUUUCCACAUUUUCUCAGAUUUCAUGACGAGAAUUACACAGCUUGAGGAGUUGGUUUCAUUAGGAAGCAAGUUACUUUGUGGGUUACAAGAAUCCUUAGAGUUGCUUCGAAGGCCUCCGGUAAACAAGAAAUCUGAAGUUGUUGAUGCCAUCAUUAAAGCAAAUGAAACUAUGAGGUUAAAAGCAUAUCUUGAAGCUGGAUGUAUAACUGCAAAUGAUGGUGUACAAAGUAUAAGAAAGUUACAUGAAUGCAAACGAGGACUUCACGAUCAUCUGAAUAAAGAUCAAGCCAAGAGUCUUCUGAAUGAACUUGAAUCCCUCAUAGGAAAUAUUGUUGAUGUAGUUCAAGCUGCAAAUGAAAUUGUUCCAGAUUUUGGGAAACAUUCUCGUGAUGAAUUGGUCCAUCAAGCAACAAGUUUUGAAAAGGGGGAAUUGGAAUCACAUGAUAUUCAUAAACCUGAAGUUUCAGAUUAUGCUGCUACAAUGGGAAUCGUAUAUAGUAUGGUGAAGCAAGACUACACAAUGCAGGAAAAGAUCAUUUCAUCUCUAAGUCUUAACUCAUCAUCAGGAGAACUCGAGAGCUACACUUUGAUGUGGUCUUUGCGACCUUUCAUAAAUGAAGAUAUCAUGCAUCAAGCUUGGAGAUUUAUUCCCCAACUGUGAUUGUGGAGCAAUUGGCGCUUAGAAAGAAAUGCACUUGGUUUGGUUUGCAUAGAAAUUCAUAUUUAUCCCAGAUUAUUCUGUAUUUGCUUGGUGGGUUGUUCUUCAGUGAUUGUUUUUUGUUUUUUUUUUGACAAGUGAGAACUUGUACUGUUGUACAGAACAUUACACAACCAGGAAAUAUUGGUAAACAAUUUAAUAUUGAGUA